AUGGAGUUUGGAAUGAAGCAAACGUCUCCGUCGUAUUACGAAACUCUCGGCGUCGCCGUUAAUUCUUCGGCUGAGCAGAUUCGACGAGCCUAUCGCAAGUUGGCUAUGAUAUGGCAUCCUGAUCGGUGGACGAAGGAUCCUUCUUGUUCUGGAGAAGCAAAAAGAAGAUUCCAGCAGAUUCAAGAAGCUUACUCAGUGUUGUCGGAUCAGAGGAAACGAAGCUUGUACGAUGCAGGACUCUAUGAUACUGAAGAAGAUGAGGGAUACUUUGAUUUUGUUCAAGAGAUGGUCUCACUCAUGGAUCAGACGAGGAGAGAGGAAAAGCAAUUCAGUUUGGAGGAGUUGCAAACAAUGGUUGAUGACAUGGUUUAUGAGUUCCAAUCAGAACCAUUGUUCCAGAAUCACACAAUGGAAAUGAAGUUUGACCUAAACCAACCGGCAGAUUGGAGUUCACAGAUGUCGAUGCCACUUUCAAACUUUGAGUUCUAUCCUCAGAGCAGCUACUGUAACUAG